AUGCCGAUCGGAUCAUGCUUUGCUGGUGACGAUGACCUGCUUACAAGGAAGUUGGUGCACUACUUCCGUCGUUUGGCUUCACAAUCCCCACCCUCCCAGCUGCUGUUGGUGUCUACUCUUGAUUUCCGAAAGCAGACUGACAACCUGCGAAUCAUUCCCAUCUCCAUGCAACGCCAAUCUUGUGAGGCGAGGCCCUUGAGGCACUUCUGGCUGUUAAUUCUCUCAACCUUGAGAAUCAUUGCCAUUUAUGCCGCGCGGCUUGUGAACGUCAGCGAAACUUUCAUUCUCGAGAUUUUCAACCCUCUCCUGCUUUCGGUUCGGCGCACUGCGAGGACGCACCUCCAACGGCCGACCUGUGUUCAUCAAGGACUGGCAUAUGGUCUCGGAUGUAGCUUGUGCCACAAACAAACAUGUACUCUUACUCGGCCGGCUGCAGUGGGUGAAUUGUUUCGGCUGCCGGGCAUUCUGGAACCACAGAACGUCUUUGUUUCAAGCCAGACAAAGUGUUUCUGUCCUAGACAUAAUGGAUUUUACGAGACACUUCUUCUUUCUCCCGAUUCACGUCGAAGGGCAUUCGUUCCUCCAUCUUCGACCAAAUACUCCCUCUCGCGUUUCUUUCCGCAAAAAAAAAUCCGGAUUUCCUCCCACUUCAACCAAUACUCUCGUCAAACUACCUCAACCACCGCCUACCGACCGACCAUGUCCUUCAAACACACCCUCGAACUCUACCUCGAACACCACACCGCCUACAACCCCACCUCUCGCCUCCUCAUCCGCCUUACAUCUUUGAUAAUCCUCAUCUACACUACGUUCUUCACCUACUCCGACAUCUGGCUCGUUCUCAACCUCCUCCACCUUACAGCCACAACAUUCUGGUACCUCCACCACUUUUCUCCUCGCCUGAAUAUCUCCCAGCACAUCGUCCUAGCAUUCCUGCUCGUAAACUUCAUCCUCCCAUACACAAUACUCUUUACCAUAUCUUCUGGUUCUGGCUCGGCUUCUCCUCCUUCUGUUGUGAGAGAGACUCCACCACCAAUACUCACAAACCUUUCAUCCCUCCACUCCCUCACCAGCUCCCAAAUUCAGUACAAAGAUUCUGUUCUCGCGGAUUCGAUUCGUGGGAUUGAAGGGUUGUGGUGCAAAUCUGUGACUGCGGUUUGUCAGCUCUCGACAUCAACAUCAAACUCAGAGGGAAAGACGGACGAGAGGGAUAAGAAGAAGAGGUGGGAGAAGUUUUUGCAGGAGUGGAAAAUGAAUGCCACGAGGGAGGUUCGGUAUCGAGAGAUAUUGGGGGGGUCGAAGUAUGCUGUUCUCGAAGCUGAAGAGGAUAGGAGAGGUGGGUUGUGGUGUGAUGCUGACAUCUUUUGUCGACAACGAGAACUUCAAACCAUGAAGAGGGAGGAAGAGGCGCAAUUGGCAGAGAUUUUUUACGAGCUCGCACAAAUGUUGAACGAGAUGAGGUGGGAGAUGAUUUUCCUUGUUACUCAACACAAUGCGGGAUUGCAAGAGACGAGAAAGGUUUAUGAGGGGUGGGUUGGGUGGGUGGAGGAGAUUUUGGGGGAGGUUGGAAGCAAGAAGAAAGAGGAUGAGGAGGGAGAGGGAUGGAAGAGGUGGAGUCCUUUUGUGAGAGUUGUUUGGGAGGGGAGGAAGAGGAUAAAGAUCUCCCAUCAAGACGACGAUGACACGACGACGAUGAACAAUUCAUCUUUCACCAACGACGAGAAUUUCUGGACAAUGAAUCCCGACCUCCUCAUCCGCGCCACAUUUCAACGUUUUCCACGCAUUUUCGAACUCAAAGAACAAAUCCUCUCUUUUUCCCUCCCGCCGCCAACCUCCUCCUCCUCUACACCUCAUCCUAACGACUACGACAUAUACCUCUCCACCCUCCUCUCCCAUAUCUUCGGAAACUUGACUUCCUCCAAAACAUGGGAGGCUUGGAAUCAUGCGGCGAAAAAAAGAGAUAGGGAAUCUUUGGAGAGACGAAAAAAAGAGGGAUGUGGAUGGGAUAAAGAGGGAUUGGGUUUGGUGGAUGGGGGCGCUGGAGGGGGGGAUGAUUGGGAGGAUCGGGAUCUGAGGGGAAAGGGUGAUGAGAUUUGGAAGACGGUAGAGGGGUUUGAGAGGUUAGUGGUUGUUGUGGAUGAGGAUAAGGAUGAGGAUGUGGAAAGGCGCGGUAGAGAAUACGGGCAUUGGGAUGAACAUAAUCAAUGCAAGCAGGGUAUUGUUCAAGCCAAGGCUUUGAAGAAGAAGGACCUUCAGGACACCCGUCCUGCUUGUCGCGGAGGAAAUCCAAGACUUUCGUACGAAAGCAUUGAGACCCGCGAGAACGAUAGAAAGACAGCCUCGUGGACUUUGUGUGUCAAGUUUCUGGGUUAUCGUCGGCUUGUGUUGUGGACCACUGUCGCGUUCCAAGACUGGCAGCUUGCAAUGUAUUUGUUUUGA